AUGCCUCUCACAGUUAGGGAGAAAUUGAGAAUUUUACUUUUUGAGCAACUUGUGGAAAUUGCCUUCCAAUCAUCCAAAAUCCCAUCUGUUUGGCUGGGUGAUUUUAAUGCCAUAAGAUUCCCUUCUGAAAAAAUUGGGGGUUCCAAAUCUUGGUCUAGUGCUAAAGAUUUGUGUAACUUUUCUUGUCUCCAGGCCUCUUUAGAUGAUAUAUCAUACAGUGGCUGCCAGUUCACCUGGGCUAACAAACAGUCUGAUGGCCACUAUAUUGCUUCUAAGAUUGAUAGAGUUUUGAGGAAUGACCAAUGGUUCAAAACUUUCCCUUUUUCUCAUGUCAAAUUUUGCCCUGUUGGUAUUUCUGACCGUUCCCUUGCUAUCUUGUCUGUUGUUCCUAAAGGUGUUAGUUAUAGGAAGCCGUUUAAAUAUUUUAAAUUAUGGGCUGACCACAAGAAGUUCAUUCCUAUUGUUAGGAGUGUCUGGUGGAAGUAUGUGCAAGGUUCUUCCAUGUUUAGAACCCGUUGUAAGCUGAGAUCCCUAAAACCUCUGUUGAAGGGUUUGAAUAAGAGAGACUUCAGUGUGUCCUCUAGGGUUCAGUGUGCCAGAUCUAAGCUUGAAAAUGCUCAAAUCAAGCUUGAUCUAAACUUGGAGUUCCAAGUUAAUGAGAGAAAUUUGUGCAAAAAGUAUGUUGAUUUGUGCAAUGCUGAGGAAAGCCUUGCUCACCAAAAGUCUAGAGUCCAGUGGCUUAGUCUAGGUGACAGGAACAAUGCUUUCUUCUUCAGGUCCAUUAAAAAUAACCAGAAUAGGAGCAGCAUUAGUGGGGUUACCCUAGAUAAUGGGGUUAGGCUCACUAACCGUCCUAAUUUUCACAAUGCUUUUGUUGCUAAUUUCUCUAAUCUGUUUGGGUCUCCUCAUGCUGAUGAUUAUAAUGGUUUUGGGAGAGUUAACUCCUUAGUUAAUAAGAGGUUGACUCAUGCCCAAAUGGUCUCUAUGGCUAGAGAUGUGACUGUUGAUGAGAUCAAAGAUGUCUUUAAAUCCCUUAAUCCCAACAAGGCCCGUGGCCCUGAUGGGUUCUCUGCUAGUUUCUUCCAUAGUGCUUGA